GCGACCAUCAUGGGGGCUUUGGCUGUGGGGCUCCUCCUCGGCAAUGUUAGCGAGCGAAUCUUCGCUAAUCAGUGGCACAAUGAACUGUUCGCACACCUGCCUAAUGAGGUCAAGACGGGAGAUCCUCGCAUGCCCUUCUUCGGUGGCUGGGACAAUAACACCUGGAUCCUCGCUGGCUGCCUGAUCCUCAACAAUUUUCUCGUUGCUGACCAGAUGAGGAACCUCACGUCCAUUGCCAAGUAUGUGGCCUAUGCCAUCGGGCUGGUGUUGAGCUACCUCGUGCAACUGGCAGAGGGCCGCACCUUUUGCCCUUGGCAGGCCUGCUCCUACUGCGGCCUGGCCCUGGCAGCCAUAGCUUACAUUGCGCUGCCGGGGCCUGGCUCCUUCGGCCCGGGAAGGAAGAGCUGA